ACGACAGUCACGACGAGCACGACGCUGGUUCCGGCGGUGAACCCAGUCUUUCUUUCAUUGGAUUCCUCCCAGUCCAAAGCGUCCAACGCAGCACCGCAACGGCCUCGAAGGAGCCAUCAUACUUCCUUGUUGCAAACUUCAUUCUCUCAUACAACGAUUCUCUUUCUUCUUUCUUCACUGGUUUCCGUACAUCUGGCCUAUUCACGACCAUUGACGGACUGUAAUGGGUGCUCUAUGCUGUCGACCACAGCCUGUGGACUUUGACGGAGAUGCCAAUUUAUUCCAUUUCGUGCUCCUACGUUGUGUUGGGAAGGGUGCGUUUGGAAAGGUCCGCAUGGUGCACCAUAAGCAGACCCGGGAAUUAUAUGCGUUAAAAUACAUUAAUAAAGCCAAGUGCGUUAAGAUGAAAGCGGUUGCGAAUAUCAUACAGGAGCGAAGGCUUCUUGAAGAGAUCGAUCAUCCUUUCGUUGUGAAUCUGAGAUAUGCGUUCCAAGACGACGAAAAUUGCUUUUUCGUCUUGGAUCUCAUGCUGGGAGGAGACCUACGAUUUCAUCUCGAACGGCUGGGGUGUCUGCCUGAGGAAACUGUCCGGUUCUACGUUGCUGAAAUAGCUUCGGCACUUGUAUUUCUGCAUGAGAACCGUAUAAUGCACCGCGACCUUAAGCCAGACAAUAUUCUACUUGACGAACGUGGCCACGCUCAUCUGACUGACUUUAAUAUAGCGGUGCAUUAUUCGGAGCGACGGAUGCUGACUGGGGUUGCAGGUUCCAUGGCGUACAUGGCUCCCGAAAUUCUGACGAAGCGUGGGUAUACUUACACGGUCGAUUGGUGGUCACUGGGUGUCUGUGCGUACGAACUGGUGUUUGGACGACGACCAUUCCGAGGGAAGACGAACAGUGAUCUGACACACAGUAUUUCCAAGGACUCUUUAAGAUUUCCCGAAGACGCUGAGAAGAAAUGCAGUCGCGCUGGUAUGCAAGCCUUGAGAGCUUUCUUGGAACGGGAUCCGACGAAACGGUUGCCUUGUACAUCACACGGCGAGGACUUCGAUGAGUUGCGCCAUCAUCCUUGGUUCCAGACAAUAGACUGGCAAACUUUGGACACUAAAGAGCAGAUCCCACCCUUUACACCAGAUUCCAAGAAAGCUAAUUUCGAUGCUUCUCAUGAACUCGAGGAACUACUUCUUGAAGAUAACCCUUUGAAAGCAAAGACGCGUAAAGUUCGGGACCCCAACAGCAUGAGUGCUGAAAUGAGGCAAAUGGAGGAUCAAUUCACAUCCUACGACUUUAAGAAAAUGCAGCGUCGUUCGUACUACCCUCAUAACCAGCAAAUCGUAUCCUCCGUCACUGCGUCGUCGACCGGUGGACUAGUAUCAUCCCGACCAGUUACUCCCGCGACCGACCACCGAAUAGAUGGCGUCGUCAUGGAUGGCGCUGCUUCGGAUUACAUUGGUUCAGAUUCUCAGAGCGUUCCGAUGGAUAACAUCAUGACUGAGAAGACGUACUCAUGACCUUUCGGCGAGCCAUACUCGCGACGAUUGUAUAUAUCCGUUGUCAUCGCAUAUUCCCGCGCACAUUUGCCCUAAUCUAUUGUCCAGUCGAUACACCAUCUUUCGCAUGUACCAUUUUGCUAUUCUUUUUGUCGUGCGUUACAGUGUGGUUGUUAUCGAAGUUACCCAUUACUCAGAUGAUAUUUUCCUAUAUGUGGAUUACACUUAUUUUUUUUUGAUACUCUGGAUUUGUUGAAGCAGUAAUUGAUUCGUAAUUGAUUUCAUUGGGAGACCU